ACUAUUUGGUUGUAACGGACCAUUCUCGGCGGUAAAUUUUUGGUUUGUAAAAUUUGUGUUUCUUUUGAAAGUUCCAGAAUAGUAUGGAAAGACGAUUAUAACACUUUGUGAGAAUUAAUUCGAAAAAGCAAAAAAAUUAGAAAAGUGAUUUCGAAGUUUACAGAAAGCAUUCGUGUCUUUGUAUAAGUCUCUAAGAAGUAUUAGCCUAGUCGUCUACUAAUUACAAAUUUUUGACUGGUAUCGUGCAAAAUAUGGCGUUCGUGGUUGAAAACCGAAAUUUCAUUGAAAACGCUGUUCGUCACACCAAGAAUACCAUAAACUUGAGCAAAAGACAUGGAAUUGAGAGUGAAGCAGAUGUAGAUGAGGGCAACAACAACAGCACACCAACAAGCAAUCAUGAAUCCGGCACGACGAUUUUUUAUGGCAUAUUAAAGGAGGAUCUGCUCACGCUGACUGCCACCCAACGUAGUGCGUUCAUAACAGUUAUGUCGCUGUUGCUUGUUAUUUCGCUGUGCGGCAACAUCUGUACGUUGCACGUGAAUAUUCGACGACAAAUCCGACCGUUUUUUCGUGCUUGCCUCAUAUCGCUGGCGAUUAGUGAUUUGAUUAAUACCACAUUCCUCACAGUGGCCUAUUUGAGUCAAAUAGCUAACGAAUUCAUACAGGUUUGGAUCCUCGGUCGCUGCAUGUGUCAUUUGGUGCCGUUCAUCACCACUGCCGCUAUUUUGGUGAGCUCGAUGACGCUGGUCGGCAUAGCGAUGGAUCGUUAUUUUGCCGUCAUGCGAGCCGUAAUUAGUUUUUGGAAUCCUGGUGUCAUUUUCUGUGUGCUCAGCAUGCUCGUCUUAUGGGCAGCGGCCAUUGGCAUAUCGUGGCCGGUGUUUGGUGUCUAUGAGCUAUUCCCCGUCUACAUACUGACGUUGCAAAAGAUCCCACUGCCCGGAAUACACAACACUACACUUGCUCCCACAGCCCAUAUUUACAAGCAGAAGGCGGUUAGUGCCGGUUCAGCAGCAACAACAGAAUUUGGCACAACUAUGCCAUACGACACAUUUGCCGAAACAGCAGCAACACACACCCAUUGGGAACAAAAGGCCACCAACAACAAUCAUACUUACGUCCUGAUGAUAACAAAUGAGCUGGUGAUGAUGUGUAUAUCCAAUCAGUCAUCUAUCGCUGUAUAUUACUUCGCAAUUUUCGCCAUCAUUUUCGUACCAACAAUAAUUGCUUUUAUAUGGAUUAAUACAGUGAUUGCCAAACAAUUGUGGAAACGUCGUCAUACCGCCACUGCUGUAAGUAAAAAGCAGCAUAACGGUUGUUUGCAAAAUUGGUGGCGUUACCUCAACUGCAGUUGUGCGAGAAAAUUGGAAAACGACGAGCGAAACUUGAAGGAGGAACCAACUGAUACCAAAGAGCGACCAUGCAGCUGCGCAACUAUUACGAGUGGAGUUGACACAGCCUCGGAUACGCGCAUCAAAAUACCACAACUGAGCAAUCCGAGCGCAACCAGCAUUGAACAGUUUAUUUUGCCAGCCAACACCACACGUGCCGUGCCUACCAAUAGCAACAACAACAAUCGUACAACACGCCAUAUACGCAUGUUUAGCAUAAUCAUUAUGUUAAUCACCGGGUUUCUCAUUCUCCGUUUGCCCACAUGGAUCUUCCUACUGAUGCGCAUAUGUGGCUCCUAUGCUGGACGAACACCAAUAAUAUUGCAUUACUGUUUCGGCAUUCUGAAUAUAACCAGUUCCGUGCUGAAUCCAUUCUUUUACACCUUUCUAACGGAGACAAUAAAAUGUGCGCACAUCAUUAAGGGCACCUUCUUCUGUGGUGUUUGCAGUUUCCGUUUACGUCAUCGGAGCAAACAACAUGUCUCCACAUAUCCGACGGAAAGUUCCGUCAGUUUGGAGAAGAACAAUUCAUCAUUCGAGGAUCCAUCCCCUACCUGUGGUAGUUAUUGGGUAAACAAAAUAGCUGCACUUGCUCGGGGAUUGUGCUGCAAAUCGCCUGCGGAUAAAAGUAGCACUGUGGCCAAUUUAGGAAUUCAAGCUCUAGGCGAUAUGAGAAAGGGCGACAGUGAAUUGUAUAUCAACGAGAAGGAUGAAGGUGUCGAUUGUAGCGAUUGUAGCGAUGGGAGCUUUAAUAGCAACAGUGAUGUUGACAAAGCGGAUUCGGCAGAAUAAACCGGUGUACACCUGUGAAAAGAAUUCAAUUUAUCUAUUGAGUGUAUUGUAACUAUAUACAGUUAGCACAUAUUGCUAAUGUAUAUGGAAUUUAACAAUAAAUAAUGUACGACCUGUCUUUUACUUUAAAAUACUCGGUUCAUACCAGAAAUCAAUCCCG